CAGUCACAAAAUGUUUCAGUUCCUGUUGGUUUGCUUCGUUCUACUCACCAGACGCAGCUCCGACGGCAGCCUGUGCGCCACAAAGGUCAUAGUGCGCGUGCCUCGGGACAAGGACAUUGGCUUGAUCUUCGAUAUGACCGUCACCAACCGCAUCCGGAGCGACAAAAGGGAGACGCUGGACUUCACUGUCGUCUCGAAUGGGGAAUGCACUGUGAACACGACCCACGGAGAGCAGGUGCACGCGAUGGGACGAAUCUUUGGCGGGGAUUUCGGCUCCGUCGAACCGGGCAAGAGUGAAACUGUUUCCCUGGUGUGGCCCACUGUGUCGCUGUACAACCGGGUGGGCAGCUGCCCCAUUUUGAUCUCAGCCACGAGUGCCCACGCUACGGAUGCAGUGGCAACUGCGAGGCAAGUGCUGCACUUCGACACCCGCUUCGACACCCUGGAUCCGCACAGCAACAAGCUGCGGCGGCGGAAGGAUUACAAGAACUGUGGCAACUGGGACAAGAAUUACCUGCGGAACUGCACACCGGUGAACUGCGAGGAGCGAUACUUUGGGAAACGGAGCUAUUUCAACGUGGAAACGGAACAGUGCGAACCGGCAUCGGAUUGCUCUGGUCCGGGGGAGUACUACGACAUCUUCAGCAACGAGGGCGUCGAUCCCGGGAAUUUUGUGUCCGAGGAGGAGUUGGACCAAAUUAAGCAAGGAAACUACGAUUCAAAUUUUUUGGAUUUGCGUGGGCCUCCACCGCUGCAUGAGCCGAAAGCCAAUAAGGCACGUCAAUACAAGAAAAAGAGCAGGAGACUAGCCGACCCAACAAGGCACUUUUUUCAUUCCAAGCCCACAAAGUCAGAUGAUUGCGACAACUCGCGUAAGCUGACUCUGGCCGACUUCAAUGACUGCUUUCAGCAUUUGAAGGAUGGCCAGUCCCAGUCCCAGUCCCAGUCCCAGUUCGUAGAGUCCGUAAAUGAAAAGAUAAUCAAGAAGAAGUCGCCAUUCGAGGUGCCUAUGCUAACACAGCUCUAUUACGACUGGUACCUUCCUUUAAGGACCGAUAGCUGGGGAGAAGGCGGAGAAAUCGGUGGCAUAGGUGAUCCGAGUCCCCAAAAUGUCUCAUCGGGAUCGGAACCUCUCAUAAUGUGGAUUGGCAAACUGGAUUGGAGGGGCUGGGUGUUCCUAAUCCUCAAGGGAAGCUUUUUCAUCUUAUUGCUAAUUGUGUUUCAGAUUUUCGCCACUCUGACGGCGUAUUUUCUGGUGUGCCUAUUUGUCUAUGGGUUCAUGGAACUGUACAGCUUUUGGACUAGUGACGAGGCACCCGAAACUUUUAUGAUGGACUCCAGUUCUCAAUCGACCGCCUUUAAUCUAGUCACCUCAGAAAGCUUGAUGUCCCAUCGAUAACUGAGUAUU